CGCGUGCGGCGGCGCGCGAGGCGGAGGGCGGAGCGGCGGGCGGGCAGGUACGCGCCGGCGGGAGGCGGAGCCGCGAGGCCGCGAUGGAGCGCAGCCCGGGCGGGCGCCGGCGCUGGAGCCCGAGCGCCGGGCGGAGCGGGAGCCGAAGCCGGAGCCGCAGCCUCAGCCCGCGCCAGGCUGGGGCAGGAGCCCGCAGGGCCGGGCUGCUCGCAGCGGCGGCGCCUGAACCUCCCAGCGGCUGAGCGGUGACCUCCAUCCUCGCACGCGGCUGCCCGGACGCAGCGACCAAUCCAACCCGGGCCCCCCAAGAUCUGCUUGCUACAACUGUACACCUCAAGACACAGAGAGACCCAGCCUUGGGACGCUAACUACCCCCCACCCCCUCCGCUGCUCCGGCACACAGGGACCCCAAACCUAGGACAGCAAGAUCCUCUUGCUAACGAGAAGCCGCAGGCACCCCUAAGCCUCGGGACCUGGGCGACCAAGCCCUUUGCGACGCCUUCAGCGUCCCGGCUCAUGGUGGUGGUGGUGCCCUGAGCCCCUCUCGGGCCGGGCAGACGAAGAUCGACACGGCGCCCAGGCCCCCUGCCGCGGCGUCCCCGCGGCCCCAGCCCAGGGAGAAGAUGAGCGUGGGCUGCCCUGAGCCUGAACCGCUCCACUCCCUGCCUUGCUGUGGGCCGGGGGCCGCCCCUGUACCAGGUGCAGGUGUGCCCCUCCUCACAGAAGACAUGCAGGCGCUGACCCUACGCACGCUGGCUGCCAGCGAUGUUACCAAGCACUACGAGCUCGUGCGGGAGCUGGGCAAAGGGACCUAUGGGAAGGUCGACCUGGUGGCUUACAAGGGCACAGGCACUAAAAUGGCCCUGAAAUUUGUGAAUAAGAGUAAGACAAAGCUGAAGAACUUCCUGCGUGAGGUGAGCAUCACCAACAGCCUGUCAUCUAGCCCCUUCAUCAUCAAGGUCUUUGACGUGGUCUUCGAGACUGAGGAGUGCUAUGUCUUUGCCCAGGAGUAUGCACCUGCUGGGGACCUGUUUGACAUCAUUCCUCCUCAGGUGGGGCUCCCAGAGGACACUGUGAAGCGCUGUGUGCAGCAGCUGGGGCUGGCGCUGGACUUCAUGCACAGCAGGCAGCUGGUGCACCGCGACAUCAAGCCCGAGAAUGUGCUGCUGUUUGACCGUGAGUGCCGCCGUGUGAAGCUGGCUGACUUCGGCAUGACGCGUCGCGUGGGCUGCCGUGUGAAGCGCGUGAGCGGCACUAUACCCUACACAGCACCGGAGGUGUGCCAGGCUGGCCGCGCUGAUGGCUUCGCGGUGGACACGGGCGUGGACGUGUGGGCAUUCGGCGUGCUCAUCUUCUGUGUGCUCACCGGCAACUUCCCGUGGGAGGCUGCAUCGGGUGCAGAUGCCUUCUUCGAAGAGUUCGUGCGCUGGCAGCGGGGUCGCCUGCCCGGGCUGCCAUCGCAGUGGCGCCGCUUUACCGAGCCUGCGCUGCGCAUGUUCCAGCGGCUUCUGGCACUGGAACCUGAGCGGCGUGGACCCGCCAAGGAGGUCUUUCGCUUCCUCAAGCACGAGCUCACAUCCGAGCUGCGGCGGCGGCCUUCACACCGCGCACGCAAGCCGCCUGGGGACCGCCUGCCAGGGUCCCUGCGCCUUGAGGCUCCAGGGCCACUCAAGCGCACUGUGCUCACCGAGAGUGGCAGUGGCUCGCGUCCUUCCCCACCCAGCGUAGGGCCCGUGGUACCCGUGCCAGUGCCAGUUCCAGUACCUGUGCCUGAGGCUGGUCUGGCUCCGCCCGCACCCGCAGGCAGGACCGACGGCCGCGCAGACAAGAGCAAAGGGCAGGUGGUACUGGCCACGGCCAUCGAGAUCUGCGUCUGAGCCGCUGCAGCACAGCUGCUGCGGGGUAGCCGCGCGCUCUAACCCGUACUGGGGACAAGGAGCAGCCGCUGCGCGGCAGUGGGAAGGAGUAGUGUAGACUAGGAGGCCCAGACACCGGCGUCGGUGGUGGGCUGGUGACAUAGCUAGUAAAUGACCAUGCGUAUGGCCAGCCUCAGCCUAGAGGACCUGAGGCCCUUGACAAAGGCUGGGAGCGUGUGGGCCAGACUCUGAGCUCUGGAACCUGAACACUCCUGGCGCUUCAUACCCCUUGCCGGAUAACCCUACAAUAUUCCAUCCAAACCUAGGCACAGAAAGGGGUCUUUGGUGUAGGGCAGAUAUAGGCAUGAGAUUUUUGGUGUCGGGCAGAUAUGGGCAUGAGAUUUUUGGUGUCGGGCAGAUAUGGGCAUGAGAUCCUUAGAAACUGGCUAGGGACAGGCACUGGGUAGAUAACUGGUGUCCAGGAUAUCAGAGAAAGAGGCCAAGCCCCUUAAAUGUAGCAAAAGGUGUGUGCAGGAACAGACCCGAGUAUCUAGUGAUACCCUCCCUUCCUCCUGCUGAUGGGGACUUUGAACCCAGGAGGGAGAGCUAUUACUGUAGCCACGAGGCUUUUGGGAACAGAGCUCCAAUGUGUGCCCCUCCUGGGAGUAGGGGAGCAGAUGGCUGGGGAACAGGAGGCUUGGCACUCCUGUGUCCCUAGGGCAACGGAGUAUAGGCACAGCCCAGCUGCCCCUUCCCUGAGCACUCCACAGGCAGGGAAACAAUUGUGCCAGUUACUCCUGGGUUUCUGUUGGCGUCACAUGUCAGCCUCGAUUUUAGGCCAGUACCCUUUCAGGAGCAGAGCACAUCGCGGAUGGGACAGGACAUCACUGAAGUGAGGAGGGAGUGUGAGGUGUGUCUGGUGCCUCGAAUGCCCAGACACUUCCCCGGGCAGCUGCCAAGAGCCAGGCCUAUGUUUUACCACACUCCUCAGGGAAUCCCAGGAGAUACCUGCUGUUGGCUCAGGUUCUUAGGCAGCAAAACAGAAAUUCACCCUGCCCCAGCUCUCCUUUGGGACCCCUACACAAGAGGCUCGAGGAACCCCUGCAAUAACCUCAACACAGGGAGGCUGCGCCUUCUGCCUGGCACCACCCAACUGGCCAGCCUGGGUCACCUCUCCUAGGGUCCCUCCAAAAAAGUUCCGGGUCAUUCGAGGAGGUUCCAUCUUGGGGCUGGCUGGCUAGCUACAAGGGGCAGCAACCACCCCUCAGCCUGGAGCCCCCACCUCUACACACUCCCUUACUCCCACCACAAAGGGCUAUAGGUCUCCCUGCCCUGCCUGAGUCCAGUUUACAAACUGUGGUUGCUCCAGGGCCUGGUCCUACUCUCCUGGGGUGCCACCACUUCCCUAGUGGACACAGGGCCCACAUAUGCCAGGUAAGUAGCAAACCCCUCCUCCUGCCAAGAGCUGAGUCUCCGAAGGCCCCCAUCACUGCCCUGGCCCACCUGGGGCCCUUAGGCCCUCCUUCCCAGCCGCUACUUCUCCUCUUGCCUUAGGCCUCUCCACCCUGAUCUGCAAUAACAAGGAAGCGAGAUUCCACAGUAGACAUCCCGCAUCCCAUAAACGCCCUCUCUGUUGAGAUCCUGUGUGGGAGGCUUCUCCCCUGUAGUGUCUAGGAUGGUAGUCCUCAGAAGAGACUUUAGGUAUGUAGCCCAGCCCCUUUGUUUAGAGGCAGCAACCAACCUGACCUGCGACAGGACUCAGAGUGGGUCAGCCUCUGCUCUUGCCACUGCUGGUACUGUCUCGGUUGAGUUGGGACCCUUUGCCCCUUAGGAGAGGUGUUGGUUACAGAUGUUUACCUCAGUUUGACACUGUUGAAGAAACAAAUAAUAAUAGCAAAAAAUUAGUUAACACGGUAGACACGGAGGCUUAGAAGACAAACCACAGAGGAACCUCCCCUUUGCAGUUUUUCUGUGAAGUACAGUUUGUUCAUGUCCGCACACAUAUGUGCGCAUCUCUGUCUCACCCCAGGGCAGGCCAGAUCAUCUCUUGACACCUGUCCCAGCCUGUGUGUCCCUCACUGCCCCCUGUCCUUUGGUGCUUCCCAGGGGCCCCUUUGAGCUGGCUUGUGGGGUGUAGGGGAGCUCCCUGGAUGGGAAGUGAGGCCUUGGGUUAGCUAGAGGUCUCCCACCAGGUUCUGUGAGUGGAGAGCCCUAUGGCUGCGUGACAUUCACUGAGCCCACAGGACAGUCCUGGUGGCUGGCAUCAGUGUCCAAAUCUUGGGCAGAGCCUGAGUUGUUCUCAAGCUGUAGAGCCUCACACCCCUGUCUUGCCUCUCCUACCCCAUGUGUUUGUAAAUAUUCUGGCUUCCUUUGGCCCUGAGGAGGUUUUUAAAUGUGUUAUUUACUUCUCUAACUAUGACAAUUGCUAUAAAAUAAAAAUUUAGAAAAAUGA